CAGAAAAUCUUUUCUUUUUUAUAUAUAAUUAAAGUCGGUUUGUUGAAAUAAUGUAAAUAUUUACUUAUUUUUAAAUUUAUGAAAUUAGAAAAUAAAAAAAUUAACUGGUAUUUAUGAUGUGGUUAGAAAAAGGUAAAUAAAAAUCCAUGUUUUGAGGUUUAUACGUGAAACUGUGAAUUAUAAGACCAUAAUUAUCGAUGUUUCUACACAGAGUUUUUAAGCAUUAAAGGUGAUUUAAUUAAAUCAAAACUCAUUAAAAGCAAAGUAACCGAUCUUUAAACUGGGCAUUUAGAAACCGAUUUUGAAAGAGGUUUCACAACCACGUGUCAGCGAGAGGAAGAGUUUAAUUAUUUUUUUUUUCUUUUUCUCUUUUUCUUAUUCUCUCUUGAUUUUUUCUGUUUUUUCCCUCGUUUUCUCCGCAUGCGGCGAUCGAAAUCCACAACCUCUGCUCUCGGCUUCUCCGUGAGAGACGAUCGAAGCGGGUAUCGGUACACAGGGCGUCUACUCCGUGUUCUCCGUCCGACGGUGUAUCGAAACCCACCAAAGACGACGAUUGAAACCCACCAAAGACGGCGUCUCCUCCGUGUUCUGUCGGCAAGUGAUGGCGUUUCCUCCGUGGUCUCUCGGCGAUUGAAACCCAUCACCGCCGACGAUCGAAGCGGGUUUCGCUCCUCGCAGCGUCUCCUACGGCUUCUCUCGUCUUCUCCCCAAGAAGAGCGAUCGAAUCCGACAACGGAGGACGACUCUGUCGGCAAGUCACGGCGAAAACGGCGGUCUUCUCUCGUGAUCUCCGCUAGAAGAGCUAUCGAAACCCACCCACCACCGACGAUGCCUCUCUCGAUUCUUAUCUUUGGAAACGUUGAUAACUGUGGUGAUUUGGAUGAUGAUUACGUUAAUUAGGACGCCAAAGAACAUAUUUUUGCAUUGGCUUCGUCUCUACCAGACAUAAUGGUGACAAUCUAAUUUUUCGGCAAGGUGAGGAUGUACAACAAGUGAUGCAGCCGAGUAAGCUCCGUAACCACAACUCCAAUUUGAAACUGUCGGUGAGGUAAAACUUGAUUUCAUUUCCUUGCUUUUUUGUUAAAUGCUUCUGUCUGGAUUGUAGUUAGGUUAAUAAAUGCUUGUUAGGUUGUGGUUAGUGAGUAUGAGAAGAUGAAUGCUUGUGAUGAAUGCUUCUUUUACUGUAAAUGGUUUUUAGAUAUGUGUCAACUAAUCUCAACUGAUAGAGUUAAGAUAUGGUUUGUAGAUAUGUGUCUACUCAUCUCAACAAGCCCCGUACCUACACCGAUUUUGCUCUCUUUUCAUCUAUUAAAACCGUUGCUUUCUCUCUUUCUUUUCAUCUUCUAACACUAUCUCCCUUUUCAUUCGUCUUCAAACACAUCUCUUGUUCUUUCUAUCUUCUCUGAAAUUUUAGGAUAUGGAUUCUCUGAAUCCAUAUACUCAGCCCUCAAAUUUUGUUGAUCUGUUGAACAGUCAACAAGAUACUGUCCAUGAACCCUUUCCUUAUGAGAGGUUUUCACAUGGUGGGGAUGUCGGGUCAUCAGAACGCCCUUUCUUUAGUACUCAAGCAACAGAAACCUCAAGCUUCUGCAAAGACUCACCUACAGAUCGGAGAGAAAGGAAGAAAUGGAGCGUCUCGGAUGAUAGAGUGCUCAUUAGCGCAUGGCUAAACACCAGCAAGGACCCAGUUGUAGGGAAUGAGCAGAAAGCAGGUGCCUUCUGGUCACGCAUUGCUGCUUACUUUGCAGCUUCUCCAAAGGUUGGAAGAGGUGAAACGCGACAGGAAAUUCAGUGUAAGCAGAGGUGGCAGAAGCUGAAUGAUCUCGUUUGUAAGUUUUGUGGAGCCUAUGAGGCUGCAACGAGACAGAAAACAAGUGGCCAGAGUGAGUCUGAUAUUGUUAAACUGGCCCACGAGAUUUUCUACAAUGAUCAUAAGAAGAAGUUUACCUUUCACCACGCUUGGGAGGAGCUAAGGAAUGACCAGAAAUUGAGCAAAUUUGCAACUACUAAGAUGGAUGUAAGCGGUAAGAAGAGAAGGUGUUCGGAUGGAGCACAAUCCAAAAGCUCUCAAGCAACUACGAGCCUAGGUGAUCAACCAACAAAACGUUCUCCUGGUGUUAAGGCGGCGAAAGGAGCAUCUGGUAAGAGAAGUGUAGUGGAUCACGCGGCUGUCUCUCAGCUUCAGAGCAUGUGGACUAUCAGAGAGAAAGACUAGGCCAUGAAAGAAAGACUCACGAAGAUGGGACUGCUUGAUCGUCUCUUAUCAAAAAAAGAACCCAUAUCUGAAGUGGAGGAAUCUCUAAAGACUCAGCUAAUUACAGAGAUGUUGGGGUAGAAAACAAGUGUCUUUGGGCUCUGUGUCUUCAGUCUAUCAUGUUCUGUUUUAGGUUCUGUUUUAUGUUAUGUUACCGGUUAUGUUUUCUGUGUUUCUGCUCUAUUACCGGUUAUGUUUUAUGUGUUUCUGCUCUAGGUGUCUUCGGACUAUGUGUUAUGUUGCAUAAUGUAUGUUUCAAUGGUCAGUUUAUAUAUAAAAGCAGUUUCUAUGUUCUUGUUUCAAUGUUCUUCUGUAAAUGUUCUUGUUUGAAUGUUCUUGUUUCAAUGGUGCAGAUAGACAAGAGAAGUCACGGGUGCAAGAGAAGUCACAGGUGCAGAUAGACAAGAGAAGUCACUUCAGUCUAUCAUGUUGUGUUUUGGUUGUCUGUAUGUGUGCAGGAGAAGUCACGAGAACUUGUGUGCUUUGUUGUUUUAUGCAUGUCACAAGUCACGAGUGUUUGUUUCCUUUGUAUUAUUAUGAACUUAUGUCAUGUGUGCAAUAUGAUAUCACCAACUCUGCUUCUCUAUAUUAGGAAGUCACCAACUCUCCUUCUCUAUAUAAACACUCUAUCGUAAACACUCUAUCAUAAUACUCACCAUACAAGCUCCAAACAAAGAUAUCAAAAACACUCUAUCUCUCAUUCUCCAAAGAUAUUCACAAAAUAUUCGACUUACCUCUUAUCAACUCUCCUUCAAAGUUCCAUUCUCUCAAUCUCCUUCUCCUUGAACACAAAUAAUAUUCACAAAAGAUUCGUAAACACUCUUAUCUAUCAAUCUCCUUCAAAGUUCCAUUAUCUCUAUCUCUCAUUCUUCUUCUUCAAAUUUUUAUUCCCCAAAGAAUCAAAAAAACUUUCUACAAUUUGAUCAAAUAUAUGGCAUCUUCUUCUCAUAACACGUUUGAGGGAGUAGAUGAUGAAAAUUUCGAUCAAUAUUUUGAUCAAUAUUUUGAUCAACAUUUUGAUCAACAAUUUGAUCAAGCUUUCGAGAAUUUUUCCAUUAAUUACGAUGAUCAAGAAGAUGCAAGGAAAAAGAGGAAAAAACGAGUUCACAUCGAAAGAGAUCGUGAAGAAGGCAAUGUGCGUUUAUGGAAUGAUUAUUUCAGUAAGACUCCAACAUAUCCCGCAAAUCUAUUCAGACGACGAUUUAGAAUUAAUAAGCCAUUGUUCAUGCAUAUUGUUGAUCAACUCUCUAAUGAAGUUGAAUACUUUCGACAAAAGAAGGAUGCUCUCGGAAGGAUUAGUCUCUCUCCACUGCAGAAGUGUACGGCAGCCAUUCGUGUCUUGGCAUAUGAUACUGCGGCUGAUGUUGUUGACGAAUACCUCCGAGUCAGUGAAACCACGACUCGGUCAUGUGUGGAACAUUUUGUGGAAGAAAUAAUAUAUUUAUUCGGCGAUGAGUACCUAAGAAGACCAACCUCCGCUGAUAUUCAACGUCUGCUUGAUAUUGGUGAGCGUCGAGGAUUUCCCGGGAUGAUCGGAAGCAUCGAUUGUAUGCAUUGAGAGUGGAAGAAUUAUCCCACCGCUUGGAAAGGUCAAUAUUCACGUGGUUUGGGAAAAUCCACAAUCGUUUUAGAGGCGGUUGCUUCGUAUGAUCUAUGGAUUUGACAUGCGUUUUUCGGACCCCCAGGUACCUUAAAUGAUAUAAAUGUUCUUGAUCGCUCACCUGUUUUUGAUGACAUAAUAAACGGUCAAGUUCCUCAAGUCACUUUCUCUGUCAAUGGAAAAGAGUAUCAUUUGGCUUACUAUCUCACCGAUGGUAUUUAUCCAAAAUAGGCAACUUUUAUCCAAUCUAUUCCAAUACCACAAGG